GAGACAGAACAUUUGAGUGAAAGAGAGAGGAGGAAAGAUGGUGACCUUGGAAACCCCAGAGGCUCCUGUGCCUCUGACGGCGCUGUCACGCUGGUACCUCUACGCAAUCCAUGGCUACUUCUGUGAGGUCAUGUUCACCGCCGCCUGGGAGUUUGUGGUGAACUGCAACUGGAAAUUCCCAGGCGUGACCAGCGUGUGGGCGCUCUUCAUCUACGGCACCUGCAUCCUCAUUGUGGAGCAGAUGUACCUGAAGCUGCGAGGCUGCUGCCCCGUGCUGCUGCGCUGCAUCAUAUACACUUUAUGGACGUACCUGUGGGAGUUCGGCACGGGGCUACUGCUGCGACAGUUCAACGCCUGCCCCUGGGACUACUCCGAAUUCCGCUACAACUUCAUGGGAUUGAUUACGGCUGAGUACGCUGUGCCCUGGUUCUGCGCCUCCUUCAUCGUAGAGCGCCUGGUCAUCCGCAAAACGCUGCGGCUGCGCUUCCAUGAGGGGCCUGAGGAUGGUUGGUCAAAACAUCGGUUGGAUGCUGGGGGCGGAGGAGGGGCAGGAGGAACAUUGGGGGGUGGGAGGAGGAGAGAGAGGAGUAGAGGGAUGGGAAAUGAUUCUAACGGCUAUCUUAAAGGGGAAUGAACCAAGGUAUAAUGAAGGAAGAACACAGUCUGAAACCAGCCCAAUCGCUCUGCUACACCUCUCCUGCCCUCCUCAGCCACUUUCAUAAGCAGUCCUCCCCAUUAACUGUAUGGGGUUAAGUCAACAGACAGCUACGUAGACUGGGUUGGUGUGCAGAGGUGUACAGAGUAUCAGAACAGCCAGAAAACAAAACCUAACUAGGGCUCAAAACGCCCAUAUCACCCACUGUGUCCUCUACUGUCAACAGAGGCGCAAUAUCUCCAUGCUGCUGUGUUUGCUGCAUCUCAUUACGCACCCUCCCAUUUCCAUGUGGGGUUGACCUUAAGGAGAUCAGGGUCUUAAAUGACCAGGACUACAUCUUCAGGCCCUGCUGUCCCAUAGACUGCAAAGAACUCGGGAUAAAAACAAACAGCUGUUGCAAAGAUUUGUGUUAUCGCUGUGAGGCGGAACAAAAACAACUUAUAUUUGUGUUUCAAGGGCA